UGCCAGAGGAGCAGGUAAGAAGCUGGGGCACACAUACAGGAUUUCAACAUAGACUGAAGACAAGCAGCAAUCCUCCAGGCCUUCAGCAGACUGGGACACUUUGAGACAACCAGCCUAGUUGAACAACUCCCAGAUUCUUGGCCUCUCUGUGUCACACACACAAAAAAAGACAUUGACCAGAACAAUUGUCUCCUGAGGCCCAUCCUAGGAAUGAGCCAUGCUGGCCUAUUCUGUAACACCCUCUGGCCUGUUUCCCAGAAUGCUCUGGGCCCUCCUUCUACUGGCAGCCUCCCUGAAUGCCUAUAAUAAAAACUGGGACCACCUCGAUUGCACCAAGCAUGAGGUGACUGUAGACACAGGAGACCGUGUGGUGAUGGCCUGUAACAUCUCCAACCCCUUCAGAGAUGUCACCAUUGAGUUGACUGCCUAUGGAAAGACUAGCAUCAUCUUCAAUCAAAUGCCUCCAGGAAGCUACGUUAAUAAUUCGUGGUGGCUUCAGAUUCAAGGAGGCCAGGCCCGGCUGGUGAUCACAGACACUCAGGGCAUCCACGCAGGGGAGUACUGGUGGACGCUGCGUGGAUCCCAGACAAAUUUCAAAAACUUCACCCUGAAUGUUACUGGUCUAGCCACUGACAACCAGGAACUAGAGAGCUUGCCGGUCCACGCUGAGUCCCUAACUGCAGUGAGGACAGAAGUUAUCUUCAUCAUCAUCAUCACUACCAUCAUCAUCAUUACAGGGAUCAGUGUAUAUGCUUGGUACAAGCACCACUUCCCUGAAGCUCCGCAGAUACAAAUUGCAGUCUGAGUCUGGGUAUCCUGGUAGCCCUACCUGGCACUGCCCUAAAGUCUCCCAAUUCCUGCCCCCCAAAAUAUUCAAGAGGCCUUAUUAGCUCCAAACAACAGGCUACAGAGAACAUUACCUGGCUAUGGCUGACAAUCCAAGCCCUGACUUGGGACAAGGUCACAGGAACUCUCUGUCCCCAAAGCCUUCAUUUUGACCUUGGGACACCUAGAGGUCAGAAUGGGGUCUGUACUCUUCAGGUUCCUCCCAAGACUCCAGGAAAACUUGCACUGAGGACAGAACUGUGAUUUUUAACUGAGGAUACCCUGGAAGUUGACUGAGCCCUUCUUGAACUCAAAAUGUAGACUCUGUUAGGACUUGGGGGACAUCAAAUUAUUUCAGAGUA